AUGGGUGAAGAGAAGGCUGGCAUGGACCCUGAGUCUGGCCGUCAGGGCAUCCCCCAUAUGAAACUUAUCCUCGAGCAGGGCGUGGUCACCGAUGAGAUUGUGAACUGGGAAUAUGAAGGCGCGGGCACCGAGGAAGACCCUUACGUUGUGGAAUGGAUAGAGAAUGAUCCCCGGAAUCCGAUGACUUGGAGUACGACGAAGAAGUGGGUCGGAUGUGUUUGCAUGGCAUUUGCGACGUUGACGGUGUCGUUCUGCUCGUCAGCGUUCAGUGGAGGUGUACGACAGAUACUUAUGGAGUUCGAUGUUUCCCAGGAAGUCGUCACGCUCGGCAUUUCCCUAUUCGUUCUAGGUUUCGCACUCGGCCCAUUGCUCUGGGCGCCCUUCAGUGAACUGUACGGUCGCCAGAUAGUGUUCUUCGGCACGUUUCUAGCCUUCGUGGCGUUCAAUGCCGGUGCUGCUGGAUCGAAGAACAUCUGGACUCUCCUUAUCCUCCGAUUCUUCAGCGGUGCCUUCGGAUCAUCGCCGCUUACGAACGCUGGAGGUGUUGUCGCCGAUUUGUUUGCAGCGAAAGAGCGCGGUCUGGCGAUGUCCAUCUUCUCUGUCGCGCCAUUCAUGGGUCCUGUCCUCGGUCCGAUCGUUGGCGGAUUCCUUGGGAUGACUGAAGGAUGGAGAUGGGUGGAGGGGCUCAUGGCCAUUUUCUCCGGAAUCGUCUUCUUCAUCGCCAUCCUGUGUGUUCCCGAAACGUACCCACCGGUCCUACUCCGUAAGCGUGCGCAGACUUUGUCAAAGAUGACUGGAAAGGUGUACAUGUCAAGAGGUGAUAUCGACCAGGGUAAGAUCACGCUCGGAGAGGCCUUCUCGACCGGACUGAAGCGUCCCUGGAUCCUGCUGUUCACUGAGCCCAUCGUCUUCCUCCUGAGUCUGUACAUGGCAAUCAUCUACGGAACUUUGUACAUGCUCUUCGGCGCUUACCCGAUUGUCUACCGUCUUGGGCGUGGGUGGAAUGAGGGAAUCAGUGGACUCCCUUUUGCGGGCGUUGCUAUUGGCAUGAUCGCAGCCGUCACCUACACUAUCGUAUACGACAACAAGCGCUACGUUCGGUGCGCAGAGAAAUCUGCGAAUGGAUUCGCAACUCCUGAGGACCGACUGCCUACCGCCAUUAUCGGAGGAAUUGCCCUGCCAAUUGGCCUCUUCUGGUUCGCCUGGACCAACUCUCCCUCCCUGCCAUGGGCUGCUUCCGUCGCGGCAGGCAUUCCCUUCGGCUUCGGAAUGGUUCUCAUCUUCUUAAGCAUCAUGAACUAUUUGAUCGAUGCCUAUACCAUCUUCGCGGCCUCCGUACUGGCGGGUAACGGCAUCAUCCGCUCGGUAUUUGGUGCUGCCUUUCCUUUGUUUACCUCCCAAAUGUACAGUCGCUUGGGCAUCCACUGGGCGUCUUCAAUUCCCGCCUUCCUUGCCCUAGCCUGCCUUCCCUUUCCCUUCCUCUUCUACAAGUACGGCACCGCUAUCCGCAAGAAGUGCAAGUACGCCGCGCAGUCGGAAGCCUUCAUGGAGAAGCUUCGAACUUCAGCUGUCCGACGACAAGACACGCCCGAGGACUCCGACAGCUCGCGCACCGCCUCCGUACAGGCCGAGCAAAAUGCUGAACAGGAAGCCGUCGACUACUCCUUCGAAGACGAGAAGCCCGUGGGCCCGCAAUUCGAGGAGAUGCGCACGGCAAAGGAGACUACUGACGGUGCUGCCUUGGAGAAGGUCCACACCGGCAGGAGCACGAGGUCGAGACGUAGCGUGCGGACGGUCAAGGAGGCGGAGUACGAUGGUAACCCGUACGAGAUUGACCGUAUCAACACACGGGAGAGCUUUAAGCGGCCGAGGGGCGCGAGUCUGAAAGACGGACUCACUAAGACGAAGAGCCGACAGUAG